AUGAGGUUCAAAUUCCCUCUCAUGGCCAUAAGCCUGGAGGUUGCUAUGAUUGUUUUAUUUGGAUUGUAUGUCCAGUAUGAGCUAGUGUACAAUGUUCCCCAGCAGCUCAACACCACAUGGACAACAAUGGACGACCCCCUUCAGCUAUAUCCUUUAUUCCGAGAUGUGCACAUUAUGAUAUUUGCUGGGUUUGGCUUCCUCAUGACCUUCCUGAAGAAAUACGGCUUUGGCGGUGUGGGUUUCAACCUCUUCCUUGCUGCGCUGGGCCUCCAGUGGGGCACGAUAGCCCAGGGGCUCAUUCACAGCCACGGGGAGACGUUUCACAUCGGAAUGAAAAGCAUGAUAAAUGCAGACUUCAGUACGGCCGCUGUUCUGAUUUCUUUUGGAGCUGUCCUGGGAAAAACAAGUCCUGUGCAAAUGUUGAUCAUGACAAUCCUAGAAAUUGCUGUAUUUGCUGGCAAUGAAUAUCUGGUUGGUGAGAUAUUUCAGGCCACUGAUAUUGGGGCAUCAAUGACAAUUCAUGCCUUUGGAGCCUACUUUGGACUGGCUGUAGCUGGUGUCUUAUAUCGAUCUGGCCUGAGGUGGGAACAUGAGAACGAAGAAUCUGUCUACCACUCUGACUUGUUCGCGAUGAUCGGGACUCUUUUCUUGUGGAUAUUUUGGCCCAGCUUCAAUUCUGCCAUUGCGGAAGCUGGAGAACCUCAGUUUAGGGCCAUUGUCAACACCUACUUCUCUCUUGCUGCCUGCGUGAUCACAGCUUUCGCACUAUCCAGCCUUGUUGAGCACCGAGGCAAGCUUGAUAUGGUUCACAUUCAGAAUGCUACUCUUGCUGGAGGAGUCGCUGUGGGCACCUGUGCGGACAUGAAUAUCCCCCCGUAUGCGUCUAUGAUCAUUGGGAGCACUGCAGGAAUUGUCUCUGUGCUGGGAUACAAGUUCCUGAGUCCGCUUCUCGCUAGCAAACUAAUGAUCCAAGAUACAUGUGGUGUCCAUAACCUGCACGGUCUGCCCGGUGUGACUGGAGCUCUCGCCAGCAUUGUGGUCAUAGCCAUGGGAGCGUCGGAGAUGUCCAGCGUAGGCAUGCAGGCCGCGGCACUGGGCUCCUCCAUCGGCACGGCGGUAGUCGGAGGUCUGGUUACAGGCUUAAUUCUCAGGUUACCUGUCUGGAAUCAGCCACCUGAUGAGCACUGUUAUGAUGAUUCUGUUUACUGGAAGGUCCCAAAGUCCAGAGAACAUGAUAAUCUCUUCCCUCAACAUGAGCACCACAACCAUCUGGAACCUGAAGUCUAA